AUGUCAACAAUUGCUUCCAAGAAUAUCUACGAACUACUGGGCAACGACCCCGAGCUCGACCCCGACAGGCCAGCUGACCCACCGACGAAGGCCAUUGACAAGCCUGUUCACAGGACCGGCAAGCGCGAUGGUAGUGACGCCCGAGCUCUUCCUGAGCGACCAGCCAACCAGAGUCGCCCCAAGCAGACUGACAACGCCAACGAGAACGCUUUCCAGGACCGUGGUGUAGGCGCAGACAAGAACCGCAGCCGUGGUUCAGGUGAACCCACCUCUGCAGGUCGUGGCGGCGAGCGCGGUCGUGGCCGUGGUCGUGGCGGACGCGGAGGCCGUGGAGGUGCUCGCAAUGACGACCGUCACAGCAGGACUGGCAUCUCUGACCAUGAGAAGCAGGUCGCCCACGGCUGGGGUGGAAACGACGGCAACGCCGAGUUGGCCGACGAGCAGGCUGGCGAAGAGAUGGCCAAGGCCGAAGAGAACGACGCUGUCGCUGAAGACGCCGAGGCCCAGAACAACCCCGAGCCCGAGCCCGAAGACAGGAGCAAGUCCUACGCUGCCUACCUUGCCGAGAAGGCCGAGAAGGCCUCUCUCGCCGCCCAGAAUGUCCGCAAGGCCAACGAGGGUAGCAGCGUGAAGUUCCCUGAGGGAACCGCUCUCUCUCGCCAAGAGCAAGAUGACUUCAUGGCAGCCGCCGCAGGUAAGGCCAAGCGCGAACGCGCCCGCAAGGAGAAGAUCCAUGUCGAGCUUGACGGUGACCGUAUGCUCGCCCCUCCUCCUCGUGAAGGUGGCAGCCGAGGUGGCCGUGGCGGCCGUGGCGACUUCCGCGGCGAAGGACGUGGCCGCGGUGAAGGCCGUGGCGAAUUCCGUGGGCGUGGCCGUGGAGGCGAGGCUCGCGGCCGCGGCGAGGGUCGUGGACGUGGUGGUGAGGGACGUGGACGUGGAGAGGGCCGUGGCCGUGGAGGCCGCGGUGGUGCUCCAUCCGGUGCCAACAUCAACAUUGCCGACUCCAGCGCUUUCCCCAGCCUGGGCGCAUAG